AUGGCGACCAUUUCAUCUGCCGCGAUUGCUUCAAAACUAAACCGUACACCUACUAUAAGAUUUACUACCGUGUUCUCUUCAUCCAGCUCAGUGUUCUUUGGUGACCAUAUCAAUAACCAGAUCGGUCUUCGCCUGGCUGUGGAUCGGCCCAGAAGAGCCCAUACGAGUCGGAAAAGAGGGCUCUCGUGUAACUGCCUUUUUGGGCUAGGAGUGCCGGAGCUGGAAAACGUGGUCAUACGAAGUGGUGCCAAAAACCCUCCAAAAGUUACCAAAAAUUUGAACAAAAAGGUCAUUAACGGCUCUUUUGGCCUUCUAUGCGGUCGCAUAGUUCAACACUAUGCGACCUUGGCCUAUGCAACCACAGCCAAUUUUGGCCUCCAAUAUUGA